UAUUCGAUGCUACUGGUGAGCUUCCACCUUCAACGUCACAUGGGCAAUUUUCUGAUCCAGGUCUAUGGGCCAUGUGUGCUGCUGGUCGUCCUCUCGUGGGUAUCCUUCUGGCUGAAUCGCGAAGCUACGGCAGAUAGGGUUUCCCUCGGAAUCACCACCGUGCUCACAAUGACAUUCCUCGGAUUGGAGGCCCGCACAGAUUUACCGAAAGUUCCUUACCCAACCGCUCUGGACUUUUUCGUGUUUCUAUCGUUUGCAUUCAUCUUCGCUACCAUCAUUCAGUUUGCCGUUGUGCACUACUUCACCAAGUACGGGUCAGGUGAGUGCUACUUCAGCGCUGAUGAGUUGACCUCAAGUUCUGACGAGGAUAGCGAUUGUGGCGGAGGAAAUGCCAACGGAGACCACUCUCAUCUGCAUUCAAUCAAAAUCUCAUCCAAACGUUGCUCGGCCGUCACAUCCAUCAGUGGAGCAGGUGGCACCGAUUCCAAGGUGAUAGAAGUGAUACCCCUCUCUGUUUGCUCAAUUCCGGUAACACCUGUUCGAAAGUCGUCUAAAACGUCCUGGGCCGAUUUGUCAUGUUUCGGCAAUAAAAACGAAGAUAUUCCACCGAGUUUCGCGAGCUCGUCCUUCUCUACGCCCGUACCGUCCACCAAAAGAAGCUCCCUACAGCUAUCCCUUGGAGGGUCAGCCCAAAUCCAGCGACGGAGGAAACGCAAAAAGCGAACACCUCGGUUCAACUCGGUUUCGAAAAUUGAUCGAGCAUCACGGAUUUUCUUCCCCCUGCUGUUCCUGGCCAUCAACGUGUUCUACUGGUUUCUCUACUUGUCACGAAGCGAACGAUUACCCCAGCAGCACAAAAACUAAACUUCGAUCAAACACAGAAAAAAAGAAAUGUGUUCAUCGCGUCCCAUGUGGAACAAAACGGAUGCCAUAUUUUCAGAUCAGAUUCCUAUUACAAGAUUAUUGAAACAGAAAUAAGUGAAAUCCAUAUUGAAAUGCAUGGAAACGGCUAGUAGAACUUAACUGUUGUAUUGAAUGUUACAAUUGUAGUAAAAGAUUUAAAGUAGAACUAUACAAAAAUGUUAGAGAAAAAACUGCUUCGCUAGGAAAAGUUAUAUGAAAUAACAAAUCAAAACAAAUAAUGUAGAUUUUAGUGGGACCACAUACGCUUAUUUGAAGUUAUGUAGAAAUAUAUUUAAAGGUUGAACUUGCUGGAUAACAUCUGGUAAGGAAACCUAAUGCCAAAGAUAAAAUGAUAAUUCACGAUGAAUGUUCGGCAAUAAAACGGUAUACGAAAACAACAAUAUGGAGAGCCCACUAUAAUUUUGUAGCAUGUAGUUGAACCAUGAUAGAAUAAAAAGUAUGUGAAAUCAAAAA